GCUGGUAGCAGAUAGGCGGUCGGUUUUCUGGGAGGCAGACGUCUGUUUAGCUGACAGAUCGCGUAGGCGUUUUUCAGAAGGAGGACGCUUAUAUUUAAAUGUUUUGCAAGUGCAUUAAAAAUAGAGGGAAGUUCUGAUUUUUCAAAUGGGUAUAAGCUUAUUUCUAGAGUAAUCUCGUAAAGUGGAUUUCCCCUGGACUCUUUACAGCGUGUACACUUCCUGGUGCGCUCACCUGAGAUUUGAGCGAGAGAGUGGAAGCCGGGAUUGUAUUUUCUGACCUUGUUCCCGACUUGAGUUCGAAUUAUUUUAACCCUUCUCCAGAUAUCGGGCUGUAGUGAUGACAGCCGGCAAUGCGGCCGUGGGCUGUCGCUCUCUCUUGUUCUGGACUAUCAUGUGUAUUGUAGCUGCGCCGCAGACGACGGUUGAAUCGUAUCAUGUUGGAACUGCUGUAAGAAAAAGUGAACCUGGCUCUUCCAAGAAUGGCAUUCUUAACAGCAAUGGAAGUACACUUAAUCUCCUGCUUGUAGGAGGGGGCAGUACUACUGUGGAGUGUCACAGUGUGGUGCAGUUGAAUGGGUCCCAGUGGUGUUCAUUUGUGAAAACAACAGAAGACUGCAAACUGGAUAGCGGCUUUAUUGACUACCUCCAGGGGGCUGUCUGUGGGUUUCACCACAAUCUGCUACCAUUGGCCAUUUUGUUGUGUGCUAUUUGGUUGAUCUAUCUAUUUGUGUUUCUUGGGACAACAGCCGAAUUAUUUUUUUGUCCUAAUCUGGCGGCCAUUGCUGCAAGUUUAAAGUUGUCACAUAAUGUGGCAGGUGUGACUUUUCUUGCUCUGGGUAAUGGAGCUCCUGAUGUAUUCAGUGCAAUAGCAGCCUUUUCUGAUCCAAGGACAGCAAACCUGGCAAUUGGAGCUUUGUUUGGUGCUGGCAUUUUUGUGACUACUGUUGUUGCUGGUGGUGUUGCCCUUGCAAAUCCAUUUAUAGUUGCAUCAAGGCCCUUCCUUCGAGAUGUGAUAUUCUACAUGGCUGCAGUCUUCUGGACCUUUCUAGUCCUCUACUUUGGGAGCAUUGAUUUGGGACAAGCACUUGGUUACUUGGCUCUGUAUGUCGUAUAUGUAUUAAUGGUGAUCAUAAGCAGCCUAAUUUACCAAAAGCACAAAAACCAGGAACCUGCUUCUCUUUAUAGCUGUCAGUCUGAAAUCUGUGAUGCAGAGGAUACAAAUCCAUCCUGUAUCAGGACACCUUCCCGUGAAGAUGCAAGCGAGUAUCAACCUUUGAUUGGAACAGAAGAAUCCAAAUCUACAAAAUCCAUUUUGUUGGACUCUAUCAACCCCAUUGACUUUCAGAAAUGGAGGAGGAAACGCUUGCCCUGGAAAAUCUUUACAUGUUUGAUGCUGCCAAUUGAGUUUUUCCUUCUAAUCUGCAUACCUGUGGUGGAUUCAGACCAGGAAGACCAUAACUGGAAACGCCCUUUGAACUGUCUACAAAUUGUUACUGGCUCGCUUGUCUGCAUCUUUGCAUUUAAAUCUGGCUAUUAUGGCUUACUGCGCAUCAAUGAUCAAUUUCCUGUCUGGGCUCUUGUUUUGCUGAUUUCCUUAAUUAUAGCCAUGCUGAUUUUCGUUACCACAAAGAAUGAGGAACCACCAAAAUAUCACUGUGUAUUUUCUUUUAUUGGGUUUCUCUUCAGUACCAUACUGAUUAACACUGUAGCCACGGAGGUUGUGAAUCUCUUGCGGGCCUUUGGAAUAAUUUUUAACCUGAGUAAUACGGUUUUGGGACUAACAUUACUAGCCUGGGGAAACAGCGUUGGAGAUUUAUUCUCUGACAUCACACUAGCCCGACAGGGGUACCAACGUAUGGCUAUUGCUGCGUGUUUUGGUGGAAUAAUAUUUAAUAUGCUGUUUGGCAUUGGUCUAAGUUCCUUAAUUCAAAUGCCCUACAAUAAUUACGUCCUUGAGUUUCUUUGGAAGUCCUCUCCCAAAAGAGGAUCCAGUGGGAGGAAUGAGCUGCGUGAGACUUCCCAAACUUUGCAAUGCUGAAGCAAUGGAGUGAUUCCGGACUGAGGAUGAACAUUUAACUGGGAAUUUGGCACUCUGUAGGUCCAUUUGAACAGUGGUGACAAGUGAAACAGAUUUGGUGUGGAAGAGACUUUUUUUUUUGUUUUGAAUGGAAGUGAAAGAUUGGAUGGAUGGACAGCAGUUCAUCAAAUCUAGAAGUAACAAAAGGAUUUCAGAACAAUUGAACAAUUGUUCACUGUAAUACCUUUUCUUGAGACAUGCCAGUACAUCACUGAUCAUUUUAAAAACAAGGGUUUCUCCUUACUAAGGUCAUUAAGUUAUAGCUUUUGUUUGGUAGAACACAUGUAGGAGAUUUAAGAUAAUUAUGGGGUGAAGUUGGUGAUGACCAGAAAAUGUAGUUUAUGGUGGAGACAAAACUUUUCUUCUAGUUUAGAUAUUAAGGCUGGACUUUGGACAAGCAGUUUGUAGACCUUGGUGUUAACUAUACCUGAAAGGCUGGUCUUGCAAUUUUUCCUCAUGAUUGACAGCAGAGGCCAAUGGUAAAUUACCAACUCUGUCUCCUGAAAAUGUAGCAGUAGUUUCUCAUUCCACAAGCACCCUGAUUUCAUGGACAAAAGAUCAAAAUGGUUAUGGGAGGGGUGCUAAGGAGGGAGGAAGAGAGAAACCAGAGGCAUGGAGGGUUGUGACCGAAGACCAGUGGUCCAGGAAAAGUGAUGCAAUAUAUUUAACAGCCCAUGGCCUUCCUGGGUGUAUAUUGCUUACUCAUGUCUCAUUUAUGUUGAAUUGGUGGAAUUGGUAUGUAUUAAUUGUUUCAAAAUAUAUAAAUGCACACCAUCUGAUUCAUUUUUCACAAUUGAAAUUGCACAACAUGCAUUUUGGGUCACAUGCUGAUCAUUAUACAUCAGAAACUAGUUUAUAUAUAAAUUUGUAGAGCCACCUGAUAGUCUGCUUUUUUUUAAGCAGUUCAACAGAUACCAAAAACCAUAUUCAAGUCUGAGCUAGUCAAACUAAUAUUGUUUUGUGGUUUAAAUUGCCCUUGUGCACAACAGCUCACUGCUGGAAGAAAUUACUUUCAUACGGCAUUUCAGAAGCAAGUGUUAUGACUCGUGCAGCUUAAACAUCUGGUGGAGCUCUCUUGCAAAACAUGACCUUUCGAUCCAUUUAUCAUUCAUUCCACUCCGAACUCUAAGCUUGCAUUCCUGUUCAAAGUUUCAUCUGGCUGUUCUUAAUUGCUAUAAUUGAUCUCAUUACAUGUGAUUUGGUACAUCUAAAGCUAGGUAGUUUUAAAAUUUGUUAUAUGAUAAUCAAAUUUCUUUCAAACCAAUACUGUGGCUUCACUUUAACUGUACUUUUAGUUAUUCAUUAAUUCAGAUUUACUAACUUUCUCUUAGAUCAAGUGUGAUGGCCUCCUGGAUUGGGUUCUAGUCGGAUCAUUAGGCUUGAGUCUUGUCAUGUCGUUUAUAUCGAUCCCAGUUCAACGGUUUAAACUUGGAAAAGCAUAUGGUGGU